AUGUCGUGCUACAAAUCAAGAAAAAAAGGCCUUAAUGACCAUGGAUGGAAAGAAAUGAAUAGAAAGAAAAACGACCCGAAGAGAGAAAGGAAGAAAGAAAGGAAGGAAGAAAAGAAGAAAGAAAGGAAGGAAGAAAGGAAGGAAGAACGAAAGGAAGAAAGGAAGAAAGGAAGGAAGAAAGGAAGGAAGAAAGGAAGGAAGAAAGGAAGGAAGAAAGGAAGGAAGAAAGGAAGGAAGAAAGGAAGGAAGAAAGGAAGGAAGAAAGGAAGGAAGAAAGGAAGCACAGGUAAAGUAAAGGCCCAAAGUAUAGGCCGUAUUCGUAUUAUGGUUGCUUAUAAGCAGUUAGCUUUACAUAAUAGGAGGAUACGGUCUUCCUUCUCCGAGAAUCUUGAUGCGAGUGGCGACGGAAGGUAG